AUGAAUAUAGACCCACCAAUAGAUGAUCCCACAGCCUUGAGAGGGUCACAAAGAGUGUUCAAAACACAAUUGGUUAUAUGCUUGUGGAUUGGUAUAUCAUCAUUUGUUCUAUUUUGUAUCUUAAGAUACAGAUGGCCACAUAUUUACGCUGUACGAACCUUGCGGAAGAGAACUGAAACAAUAAAGCCAUUGCCAAACAAAAUAUUUGGAUGGGUUGUUAACGUGUAUCGAAUUACUGACGAAGAGGUAUUGCAAUUUUCGGGAUUAGAUGCAUUUGUAUUCCUAGCCUUCUUUAAAAUGGGGAUCAAAAUCUUUUCUUUGCUAGCGGUUUUGGCUAUCCUUGUGUUGAGUCCUAUAAGAUACUACUACACGGGUAAUUUUGAUAAGGAUAAUAUUGUUUGGUCUGUUGCAAGAUCGUUUAUUACAUUCAAUUUUGAUAAUCCUACACCGCCUGAUCUAAAUGAUGAUUUUCCAAACUAUCUUUGGGUUUAUCCGAUAUUCACCUACGUUUUUUCGAUUAUUGUUUACACUAGUAUAUACGAAUACACUGACAAAGUGUUGAAGACUAGACAGAAGUAUUUAGCCUCUCAGAAUUCGAUUGUGGACAGAACGAUCAGGUUAGAUGGUAUCCCCAAAAAGUUGAUUAGAAAUAAUAAUCCUACGAUUUUGAAGAACUUCAUCGAGGAUUUGGGAAUCGGAAAGGUUAUGGAUGUGAAGUUAAUUUAUGAUUGGACUGACCUAGAAACUCUUUUCGAAAAACGGAAAGUUUUACUUGAUAAAUUAGAAAACUUAUACGCGUCAGUUUACGGAUUAUCAAUCGAUAUAUAUACUCAGAAGAAAAUACCAUCCGUUUUGCCAAAAAAUGCUAUAGAUUCAGUUGUUGAUUCACCAAAAGGAAUACGAAUGAAAGCAAAAAUUAACAAGCUCUCAAAUACAAUUAUUGAACUCGAUGAAGAAAUUAAAGGAAUUCAAGGAAAGUUUGAUCCAAUCACUUCAACAGUUGAAUUGCAAAAUACUAAUUUUAAACAAAUAUCUAGUGCUUUCAUUACAAUGGAUUCGGUUGCUUCUGCGCAGAUGGCAGCCCAAACCGUCUUAGACCCAAGAGUUCAUAAAUUAAUUGUUAAAUUGGCUCCGGCUCCAAAAGAUAUUAAGUGGAGAAAUUUUAAGCUAACUCGUUAUGAGAAAUUAUUAAAAUCAUAUGUGAUUACUUUUAUAGUAAUGUUGAGUUGUGUGAUUUUGCUUUUUCCUGUUUCGUCCUUAGCGGCUUUAAUUAAUGUCAAAACAAUUACUAAACUUUGGCCAGCAUUAGGAAAUUUUAUAAGCAAAUCAAAAUGGUUAACCACUUUUGUUACUGGUAUUUUACCUCCACUUUUAUUCUCUUUGUUGAAUAUUCUGCUUCCUUAUUUUUACAGAUUCUUAUCUCAAAACCAAGGUUAUUCAUCAAAUAGUGAUAUUGAAUUGUCCACAUUGCUGAAGAACUUUUUCUAUUUAUUUGUCAAUUUAUUUUUGGUUUUUACUUUUGCGGGAACAUUUUCUAAUUAUUGGUCAUUCCUAAGCGACACGACAAAAAUUGCCUAUCAAUUGGCUAGCUCGUUGAAGAGUUUGUCAUUAUUCUAUGUUGACUUGAUCUUGUUGCAGGGUUUAGCGAUGUUUCCAGUCAGAUUGUUACAAAUUGGAGAUGUUGUGAUUUUGAAUGUUAUUGGCAAAAUAUUCUUGUUAAAAAAUAUGAUUCUUAAGACACCACGAGAUUAUAGAUUUUACUACUAUACACCACCUAUGUUUGACUUUGGAUUGCAAUUGCCUCAGCAUAUUUUAAUAUUCAUUAUAAUAUUGAUUUAUUCUGUUGUCUCUACUAAGAUUGUUACUAGCGGAUUAAUUUACUUUAUUCUAGGAUAUUUGGUUUAUAAAUAUCAAUUAAUUUAUACCUGUGUUCAUCCACCACACUCUACUGGUAAAGUCUGGACAAUGAUAUUCAGGAGAUUGAUGUUAGGCUUAAUAUUAUUCCAAUUGUUCAUGUGUGGUACUUUAGCAUUGGAGGGAGCUAUUCUAUUAGCAUUAUUGAGCUCUCCAUUGGUUUUCAUUACGUUGGUGAUCACAUGGAAUUUCGAGAUACAUUAUUUACCUCUUAACAAGUUUAUUGCCUUAAGAGCAAUUCAGAAUCCAUAUGAUUUUGAUAAAGAAUUUGACGAUGACCGCCUGGAGAUCUCGAAUUCGAAUAACCAAAAUCAAACGGAGGAUGCUGGAGAAGCUGACGAGAGGUCACUUUUAAUUCAAGGAAGACAUUCAGUUGAUAAUUUUCACGAAUUACGAAGAAGACGAUCAACGAUUGAUGAAGAACGAGAACAAUAUACAGAUUAUACAUAUCCCUAUCUAAUUGAUCCAUUAUACGGACCAUGGGUUGGGUUUGAAGGUGACUACAUUUCAAUGGUGGAAUAUAAUAAAACCUUCAAUGAUAUCGACAAUUUAGAAAAUGGCGAUAUUAGUAUAAUUUCGACUACUGAAAGGGAAAUAGUUUUGAAGAAAAAGUUGAGAGUUUCUGAAUGGGAAUGA